CGAUUUUGAAUCCUCGCUGAGAUUUCCAUCCGCCUGCGAUGGACUUUCCAUGGCGAAUGGACUUGCGGAGCCAUGGAAUCGGUAACAAUCUGUGUGCUGUUUGUGCCAGCACUGGCGUCCUUGCUGUCGCCAUGGGCAGCUUUGUGGACUUGUAUCUUUUGCAGGACAUCGAGCGGAGCUCAUGCCAUGACCUUGUUGGCCCGAUUGACGACGUUCAUAUUCCAUUUGCGACACAAGUCUGCCUUCAAACGAACGGUGAUCCAUACAUGCUGGACGAAAUACAUGAUGUUGUGCCAACAUGUGUUCAAUUUGUGGACAACACGCUCCUGGUGGCGACAUCCACGACAGAAAGUGGCGCGACGACUGCCCAUCUUCAGGGAUUUCGCGUCUUUGGUGGCACGAGCUCUGUGGUGGUGCAUCACGUUUUCACCCAACGAUGGGAACGAGAGUUUACAGCCAUUACCGCGCUUGAACCGAUGACCUCCAUGGGCGUAUACGUUUUAGCGCAAGGGCCGUCGACAUCGUCCAUCGAUGCCCUGACCUGGACAGAUCGAUGUGUUUCGGUUCAACGACACCCGAUAACGUCGACUCACGUGGGCAUGACCGCAAUGUCCUUCGAACACUCGCAGUUCCUCCUCGCCAUCGCACACUCCCAAGGAGUUGCUAUCCACACCAUUCACGACCUCCGCCGCACCGCUGCGCCGAUCCAGUGCGCCUUGAUCGUCGCUAGUUUGGCAUUAAGCAUGCAUCGAAUGGCCAUCACGGCCUUAACUUGGCGGACGACCGUAACAAGUGUCCGAGACCUAACGCUGUGUGCUGGUGUGGCUGAUGGCACGACUCUGGUGUUUCGUGUGGCGCUCCCUUCGCAUGCAUUGAUCACGCCAUCGCCUCCUUCAGAUCUGAAGGGUUGUCUUAUUCAUGCGUAUCCCGCCCCGAUGAUUCCUUUGGCACAUCCCCAGCGCUUUCUCCAUGUCGAUGCGCAAUUACUGGUGGCAGUCCACGACAUCCGCACGUGUGUGCUGUGGCCGACAGAUCCAUGGCCGUCCCUUGAGGCCGCCAUGGCGUUGUUAACGCCAACGCAACGCGGUCGGCACUCGAACGAGAACGCACCACAACUGUGUUGUGGCAUGGCCAGCGUGUCAUCGACCGUCCUGCCACGAUGGAUGAUCGCCCAACGGUACCCAGCUAUGUCUGACGAUAGCGAGAGAAGAGAUUUCAACGUUGUGGUGUACCUAACGCAUCAAGCGGUGUAUUUGGGGUUGGCUUACCAUCGACACGGCGACGAUCUGCCGAAGCCUGCCGAUGCGGACCUGCCACCUGUCGUUGAAAUUGCUCCGAGCGACGAUCGGAAACUCAUGAUGGACGCUAUGCAUCCGUCGAGGAAGGAUGAGCCAGAUACUGUUCACAAACGAUAUGCUUUGCCAGAUCCAUUGCCAACGCCGCGCGACGUACCACGGGAAGAUCCUCUCGUGUGGACCAAACAAGCCUAUCGACACGUACGCCAUGUACCGCUCGUUUUGAUCAGAGACUGUUAUUCUAGCGCGUGGAGCACCUUCACACUCGAGUCGAUGCUAUGGGCCAAACAAUUCGCAGCCUUCGACACUCGUUCCACUUGUUCACGGAAGACGUCAAUGCACACAUGGCUAACUUGACGGUGGCGUUGCAACAAGUUUUGGCUCGCUGCGACAAUGAUACAGUCGGUUCACAUACACCAUGAAGACGCGUCCCUGCGCUGCGACCGCCACGGACAUGACUGAUGUCGCAAUUCUUGAUCUUGGAGAUCAAGAAUUGCAGCUCUCCAAGAUCUCAAGUAAAUGAAGCGCAUUUAUUAAUGAUGUAUUUAUUUAUGCGUAUACUGUGA